UAUGCGCUGACUAUAUGAAUAUUGUAUAUUAUAUGAAUAAGUGCGUACAUGACAAUUGCAACGCACAACUAGAAAAGAAACAUAUAAUUAGAAUUGCAGAAACUGGUUCAAAGAUUACUAAUGAAUGCUGACUACGUAAUGUGGAAGAAACUAGCGUGUACUACUUAAUCUUAUGUUAAACUUCCUGUUUUUAACGUACAAACCUAUUAUUGCAAUUAGAGCAGGGACUGAAAGGGGUUACGGUAUAAGGUUACGCUACCGGUAUAAAAUAAGUGUACCUUAAAAAAAUAAAAGUUAGGGUAUACCGCUAUUUAACCUUUAUGCGAUAUCGGUACCGAAAAAUAUAGCGUUGACAGUUGCGGGACGUGGGCGAGGGGUGCGAGGCACCGAAAAGGGUGGUCAAGGCCAAGGCACGACCGUGCGCGCCGGCAACAAUCCUGUUUUCUUCGUCUUUCCAUCUUUUUCAUACCUUUAUUUAGUAACGGCUAAGUACUGCUAGCGAAAUAUACCUUUUUAUAUUGGCAGUGGCGUAGCGUGGGUGGGGCGGAGGGGGCGGCCCGCCCCGGGCGGCAGCCCGCGGGGGCGGCAAAAUGUCGCCGUUGAAGCGGGUUGAGAUCUGAUCUAUGAUUCAUUCAUUUCAUUACACAGUAUAAUUUUCCAUUUUUAUAUAAAAUUUUGCGCACAAAGGAUUUUUUAAAAUUUAUUUAAAAGAAAAAUUGCUAAAUUACUGACAGAGCUCUUUAUAAGGUUUGUUUGUUUACAUACGAACGGCAACAUCGCAUCACGCCGCGCCGCCCGCCCGCCGCGCCGGCGAGGCAACGCGCGCGAACCGAGUUGAUCUGAAUCUGAAAUCUUUUGUUUUACGAGUCGGCCCGUGUCGAUGCCUCUCUUUCGCACUCAUUGAAUUAGUACUACGCAUUCAUUUGUAGGUACUUUGUUUGUUUUAGUGCAUCGUGAAGUGCCAUUACGCAAUCACGCAUUACUCGUAUGUUUGUUUUGCGAGAGUUUUGGAUACGGAACGAAAGUCGUUUUGAUUGUGUUUCGAUCUUUUAAAUACUAUUGAAUCUUCUAAAACUAAACAUUUAGAUCUUUACCCAAUCUUUGAAUUAGUUUUUGAAAAUGAAAAGAGUCAAAGAAAGCGGUGCGGAAUUCCGCAAAAAAAGGGCUAAGAAAGCAGCAGAUGCGAAAAAGUCUCAAGGUGCAUUACUGAAAUAUUUCAGUUCUAGUUCUGGUUCGAAAGCCACGUUAACGUCUUCGGUGGCAUCCUGCAGCAGUGGAAGUGAUUCCAGUGCACAAGAAGAAGACGUGCCUGGCGUCGCAGUUGGAAGUAGUUCUGGUCCCACCACAGAGCAGGGUCAAGACGAAGUCGACUCACCAGAUGUGCCUCAAGCAUCUAGUCAUAAGCCUGCAGAAAAAGUGAAUGUUGCCAAAGAAGACAUAAUUGAAAUCGUGCCUUCUGCUCCUGCCGAAGUCAAAGAUGUGAAUCUCGACGAUGUAGGUUGCUGGCCUUCUCCUAUGACCGACGAAGUCAGAACGCUUCUAGUACGUCGCGGGUCUGACUCAGUACAGCACAUCGAUUCCAAAUUUGCCGAUGUUGUUCGCUCAGGGACUUCAACGAAAGGCGGUACCCGAAAACUAACCAAAGAGUGGUUCUACAAACCAUUAUCUAAUGGCGAAAAGGUUCUCCGAACAUGGCUGGUGUACUCGCCUCUGAAGCAGUCUUUGUAUUGUUUUUCUUGCAAGCUGUUUGGCAAUUCCGGCUCGAACUUCGCAUCUGAAGAAGGAUUCAACAAAUGGUGGAAGCUAAAUCCAAGAAUCGGAGACCAUGAAAAUAACCUGGGCCAUGAACAGAGUUUCUUGAAAUGGAAGGAGUUGGAAGUUUGCCUGAACUGUAAAGCAACCAUCGAUCAGAAACAACAAGAAGUUUUCGAAAGUGAGGAGAAGAAAUGGAGGGAUGUAUUGUACAGGUUGCUGAAUAUUAUCCAGUUCUUAGCCAAACAGAAUCUGGCCUUCAGAGGACAUCGAGAAGACAUUCGAGGAGAUGAUAGUGGCAAUCGCGGGAACUUUCUAGAGUUAGUGCACCUCCUAGCUGAAUACGAUCCUCUUCUAAUGGAACACCUGACAAAGAUAAAGCUGGGAGCAAGAGUGUCAGUUUCAUAUCUGUCUCCAGAAACCCAGAAUGAAUUUAUAAAUUUACUGGGACAGCAAGUUCGAUCCACCAUCAUCCGUCGUAUUCAAAAAGCUAAAUAUUAUUGCGUAAUCUUCGACAGUACACCAGACAUCUCCCACAAUGACCAAAUGAGCCAAGUUCUGCGAUACGUACAUAUCGAAGGAGAAAAAGUCGCUGUGGUAGAAUCUUUCAUUGACUUCUUCCAACCAAAAGGAAAAAAUGCAGAAGAUCUCAGCAACGAUAUAAUCGCGAAGAUAACAUCAGACGGACUGGACAUACAGAAUCUGAGAGGACAGGCUUAUGACAAUGCUGCCACAAUGUCAGGGAUCCACAAUGGAGUUCAAGCCCGGAUUAAAGCACUAAAUCCGAAAGCUCUAUUCGUUGCAUGCACAAACCACUCACUAAACUUGGCUGGGGUACACACUGCUUCUGAAUCAGUGAAUUCGGUGACGUUUUUUGGAAUUCUAGAGAAGCUAUUUGCCUUCUUUUCUGCAUCAACUGUUAGAUGGAACGCUUUGGUUGCCGUCACAGGUCAAGCAGUGAAACGAGUCACUGAAACGCGUUGGAGCGCUAGACAUGUAGCUGUCAAGAUGCUUAAAAAUAAGUUUGAGGGAGUUCUUGAGGUACUGGAACAAUUAACAGAUUCAUCUCAAACUUCCGAAACAAGAUCGGGAGCCAGUCUUCUCCUGACAGCCAUGCAGUCAUUUAACUUCCUAACUUUUCUUGGCUUUUGGGCUGCAGUGCUACCUGAAGUAGAUGACGCACAGAUUUACCUGCAGCAACGAGGACUAAGUGUGGAUAAGUGUGCUCAGAAACUCUGCGCUUUGAAAACCCUCUUAGUGGAAAGUAGAGACCGUUUAGUGCAAGAAGCAAUUGACUUUGCUAAGACUCUUUGCGAAAAACUCGGAAUCGAACUCAAAACGAGAAGAAUUCGCAGGAAAAAACGCAUGCAUGGCGAUGAAUCUUCUGCAGAUGCAGCUUUGUCUCACGAGCAGGAAAUCCGUCGAGAGGUGUUCGCAUCAUUGGACAAGAUCAUUCAAGAAAUGACGACUCGAUUCCAGCAAAUUCAAGAAAUAUCGGACAAGUUCGGAUUUUUGAUGCCAGCAAAACUUUUGGACAGCAAGUUCGAGUGUGAUCUUUCCCAUGUAUUAGAAGACAUCGACAAGGACGAGUUUCAGAUGGAGCGGAAGCGUCUCCAGCAAUUUAUUGCCUGUUCUGAAUCAGAGGAAGAUAUAAGUGGUAAAGGACCACUGGAGCUCCUCCAGUUCAUUCAAAAACUGAAUCUCGGAAUUUCGGUUCCAAAUAUAGUCAUCUUGAUUCGUAUAUAUUUGACUUUGGCGAUUAGUGUGGCAAGCUGUGAGAGAAGUUUUUCGAAGUUGAAGCUAAUAAAAAAUUACCUCAGAUCUACUAUGAGCUCCGCUAGAUUAUCAAACUUGGCUAUAUUGUCGAUUGAACAAGAAUUGGCUGCUAAUAUUGAUUUUGACAAAGUUAUUUCUGACUUCGCUGCUCAUAAGGCUCGUAGAAUCCGCUUGUAA